AAUACUGUAAUUUCUACAGAAUCUUUUUACAGAGUAGUGUCCAUGUUGAACACUAUUCACAUUUUCAAUUGUAAAAUCAUUUCUGAAGGCACAGUUUUUGAGACAGUUUAACAGGUUAAACUAUUGCAAUUCCAAAGUUAUUUGAUAUAGAUACGUUAUUGAGAUUUACAUGUUCAUCUCUGUCAUUGAUCUGUUAUUUGUAAUCAUUUCCGUCACUGUAGACUGGCGUCAUGUAUAUUAUUUCACAGAUUGUAUUCUCUUUGAAAGAAUACAAGAACUUUAGUUUCCACAUCCUUGUUUUUUGCAUGUGUCAUAAAAACGUGGGUAGGCAAUGAUUAUUUAAGUCGUGACCAGCUGAAGUUCCUUAUCUUGGAAUAUGCUGGGUACUCUGAUUUCCAAAAACUACACUUAAGUGAACAAAACAUCAGUUUUCUCCUUCAGAUAUAUUGCCGCCAAUCUGUUUUAUUCUACACUCUUUGCACAGGGUUUGUAUGUGAGAUGUGUAUCGCACAAUGCUCCAGAUGUGUGGGAAUAGCUCUAAUUCCCAUGGCAGUCGUGUGCAUGGUGGCAAAUGUGCUGCUGUUAUUUCCUGACCUGAAGUUUCAAUACGUGAAAGAGCAUCAUGUAACCAACGAGGCUGUGUUGAGUUCUGGUAUAUGGGCAUCUGGUUUUUUGGUGCUUGUGGCUGUUCGAGGAUUUGCAUCACACUCUGAUCAGAAGGGAUGCUGUUACUUUAGGACUCAGAUGUUGUGUAAGUUUGGGUACACAUGCUUGGCUCUGGUGGCAGCCGGGUUUUGUUUCAUGGUCAGUGGCACUGGUUUGGCUCUUGGACCUCUCUGCCUGCACAAUGGAACUGAGGGCCUAAAGUGGGAACGACCAUUAAAAAAAGUUAAACAUGGAGAUACACUUUACCUGUAUGAACCGGAGAGAUGGGCAUCAGCCUGUGAGGAACCUCGAGGUGUCGUCACCUGGAAUGUCAGUCUUUUUUCUGUUUUAAUGGCAGCAAGUGGACUUCAGGUCAUCUUCUGUGCUAUUCAUCUCCUCACUGCAAUUUUAGGUGUCCUUUGUGGACCAAACUGCUGCAAAAACAAGGUUGUUCCUGCUUAAGGAGACUAGAGGAAAGGUUAAGAUGAUCUGUAUUUUCCUCUGCAUGAGCUAUGAUUGUUUCAUCUAUUUAAAAAAUAUAGAAAAUAGUCUUUGAAAAUUGUCCUGUAGUUGACACCUUGAUUUGUCAUUUUAGUUCUCAUUAAAUAAGCUGUUUAUUAUGUACUGUAUUAUGAUACAUCCAUAAAGAUUAUCCACUGUAUGUGUGCAUUAAUUGUAGCUCUUUCAUCUGUAUGAGAGCAAAGUUUGUUGCUAUUGAAAUAUAAAUGUAAAUUAGCUUUACUUUUUGUUGUUUUAUUAUUACUUUUUCAUACUGUAUUAUAGUAUGACUAUGAGUAUAAACACACAAUUGCUGUUUACUAAAUAUAUUGCUUCUAAGUAAAAUUGUA